AUGGCCAAACGUAGAGCAUCCACCACAUCCCAUGCUGAAAACGACACUGUAUCGCUGCUUCCUUCCCAACGCAAGAAGGCUAAGCGUUCUUCCCCUAAUCCCGGCGCCUGCUUCGUCGGAAAACCAAUUCCGGCCACUGAAGCCCUUGCCAAGUGGCCCCACCGUUAUCCUUCCGAGGGGAAAAAGAAGGCUUCAUCUGGAAGCAGCUCAAAAGAGGCUGCUAGUGAAGACAGUGAGGUUAUUUUGGCGCGGUGUCAUUAUCGACAAGCUAAAAUAGAUGGGGUUGUGUUUAACCUCUAUGACGAUGCUUAUGUCAAGGCUGAAGAUGAUAAACCUGAUUAUAUUGCACGCAUUGUUGAGAUGUUUGAAAGUGUUGAUAAUGAACAGUAUUUUAUGGCUCAGUGGUUUUAUAGGGCUGAGGACACAGUUAUAAAAAACCACGGUGAUCUUGUGGACAAGAAACGGGUGUUUUUAUCUGAUGUAAAAGAUGAUAAUCCGCUUGACUGUAUUGUUUCGAAAGUGGUUGGAAAAUUAAUCAGUAUAUUUGAUACUCUACUCAAGAUUAGCUCCUUUGAGCUGAUAUCAACAAACUGUUUGACUACAAAGAAAAGGAAAAUUCCCUCUUGCGAUUACUAUUAUGAUAUGCAGUACACUUUGCCGUACCUAACCUUUUCCAAUUUUGUCAAUGAAACAGCUAAAGGCGAGAGCGAUACAUUAUCCACAAUUUCUAGUGAAUCUGGAUCUAGUGGCUGCCUUAAUGGUGCUAAACUAUCUAAUAGAAAGCCUGUUAAAAAGAACAGCUCUGAUUCGUCCGAGUGGACUUUGCUAGACUUGUAUUCUGGUUGUGGAGCCAUGUCCACGGGGCUUUGUUUGGGUGCAUCCUUGGCUGGAGUAAAACUUAUCACGAGGUGGGCUGUAGACAUUAAUGCCCAUGCAUGUAAAAGUUUGAAGCUGAACCAUCCUGAAACUCAGGUUAGAAAUGAACCUGCUGAAAACUUUUUGGAGCUAAUAAAAGCCUGGGCCAAGCUUUGUGAAGAAUUUGGGCUAUUAGGAUCAGAACGGUCAGAUUCUGGCGCUGACAUGGAGGAGGAUGAAAUUGAUGAUGAAGCCGCUGAUGUAAUAAAAAACGAGUCAGAAGAAAAUCAUUCUGACUCUGAGGAUUUUGAAGUUGAAAAGUUGCUUGCUGUUUGCCAUGGUGAUCCAAACAACGUCAAGAAACCAGGACUAUAUUUUAAAGUUCGUUGGAUGGGUUAUGAUUCCAGUUACGACACAUGGGAGCCAAUAGAUGGAUUGAGCGAUUGCAAGGAAGUUUUGAAAGAUUUUGUGACAAAAGGGUACAAGAAGAAGUUAUUACCUCUUCCUGGUGAUGCUAAUUUUAUUUGCGGAGGACCCCCAUGUCAAGGAGUAAGCGGUUUUAACCGCUUUAGAAACGCAGCAGCUCCAUUAGAGGAUAUAAAAAACAAGCAGUUGAUUGUUUACAUGGAUAUUAUUGAUUUUUUGAAACCAAAAUAUGUCCUCAUGGAGAAUGUGGUUGACAUUUUGAAGUUUUCUGGUGCUUAUUUGGGACGUUAUGCCAUAGGCCGGCUAGUGGCUAUGAAUUAUCAAGCAAGAUUGGGCAUGAUGGCAGCAGGGUCUUAUGGCCUUCCACAAUUUCGUAUGCGUGUCUUCCUUUGGGGUGCUCUUCCUACAGAGAAAUUGCCUCCGUAUCCGUUACCAACGCAUGAGGUGGUGUCACGAGGUUUCGUACCCACCGAGUUUGAAGAAAUUACAGUAGCUUAUGAUACAAAGGAAACGUGUCAGCUAGGUGACGCUCUUUUACUUGAGGAUGCAAUAUCAGAUCUCCCACCUGUUACAAAUAAUGAGAAACAGGACGAAAGAAACUAUGGAACUGCUGCUCGUACUGAGUUUCAAAAAUACAUUAGAUUGAAGAAAAGCGAGAUGGUGGGUAAUUUGAUUAGUGCUCAAAGCACAGCACGUAGAAUAUUGUAUGAUCAUUGUCCUCUGCAAUUGAACCAAGAUGAUUAUGACAGAGUUUGUAGGAUUCCCCAGAAAAAGGGUGCAAACUUCAGAGAUCUACCUGGAGUACUGGUGAAGGACAACAAAGUUGAAUGGGAUCCAUCGGUUGAAAGAGUGAAGCUAGACUCUGGGAAGCCUUUGGUUCCUGAUUAUGCAAUGUCAUUUGUCCGCGGGACCUCUUCUAAGCCAUUUGGUCGUUUGUGGUGGGACGAGAUUGUGUCAACAGUGGUUACAAGGGCUGAGCCUCACAACCAGGUAAUUCUCCAUCCUACACAAAACCGAGUGCUAACAAUACGAGAAAAUGCAAGACUACAAGGGUUUCCUGAUUGUUAUAAACUUUGUGGGCCUAUCAAAGAGAGGUACAUGCAAGUUGGAAAUGCUGUUGCUGUUCCUGUAGCUCUUGCAAUGGGAUACACCUUUGGUUUGGCCUGCCAGGGAUUGUCUGAUGAUAAGCCUCUGACAACCCUUCCCUUUAAGUAUCCAAGUUGUCUUGCCCGUUCUUCUUUUGCCCAAACUGAGAAUGACGAUGAAUCAAAAUUUGUUGACAUAUUUGUCAUGAAAUUAAAAAGGCUUGGCCGGUUGAAGUCACGAGCUCGAAUCAAUAAUGAUUGA